AUGACCGACAACGAUCCGCAGACCCCCUUCCUCCAUAGCAAAAUCCUCUACUUCUCGUCCUCACGGAGCAUCGACUAUGCUUAUCAGGUGUUUCAACAAGUUGAGAAUCCGAAUGCGUUCAUGCGGAACGCUCUCAUAAGGGCCCGCGCGCAAAGCAGUGACCACAAGGAGGAGGCCAUCUCGUUGCUUCGGGGGAUGUUGGAAGAUGGAAGAAUUUUUCCGGAUAAGUACAUUUUCCCGUUUGCUCUCGAGGCAUGUGCAGACUUGUUCACUCUGUCCGAGAGGAGUGCAGUUUGGUGGAAUGCCUUGAUGGAUGCCUUGGUUCGGUUUGGUGAGUUCAUUGACGCGAUGGAAUUGUUCCAUGAGAUGCAGAAGAUUUUUGCGCCGGAUGGGUUUUUACACGGGGGGCAUUUGUGCAGGAGAGAUGAUGGCGUUGUCUUGGUUUAUGCACUUCACGUGGUUCUUAUGUAA